GACCUCCUUCCAAUAGCUCGUCUCUGUCUCGCUCACCGAUUUGUGGUCACUCAUACCAGCCGCAGAGACUAGCAGCUUCUUCUUGCAAAAGAUCGUACAGCUCCACUCGCAAUGUCAAGGGUUGCAAGAUAUAUUUCCCGUCAAUCCGAUUAGCUCAAUUCGGUCGCCACUGCAGUCGCUAGUGGACGAGUCCACGGACUCCCCACAUGGCCGGCAGUACAGGGUCGUCAUCUUCGUCUCAGCGGUCAACACAGCAGACGGAGGACCCUUCUCAAGAUCGACUACCUUCAUUCUCUACACUCUUCGGAAGAGAAACUGUUGGACUACCAGAUGCGCAACACUCGUCUGGCCAAUUCUCUCGCCCCUCUUUCGCACCAUUUCCUUCCCCAUCAUCGCCUCAUCCAGCAUAUCAGCAAGAUGCUAGACAGUCCCGUCGCUUUCGUGGCGAGCGACCGCGGUCACCAUCCUCUUCAUACGCCCCGCCAUCUCUGAGCCUACCUGCUAUCGAUCACCUCGGUCGUGGCAGAGCAUCCGAGGAGCCGCCUGCGACCCAGUAUCCCAAGCCAAGUCCAAGAAAACGAUCCAUUGACGAUGAAGAUUCCGUGUCCGCGUCCACGUCGACGCCAGCGCAGCUACCCGGUCUACGGGGCUUGUCGCUACUCAAUCAUGGGAGCACUGCCCGACAGCCUAUACCAGCUCUAUCAGAAUCAAGCCAGCAUCACACAGAGAGCCAGCAUCUUCUGGACAUCUUCUAUCACUUGCGCUCCGAAAACAGAGCACGGGGAAUCCGACCAGGUGCAGGAGAAGUAGUGCCCUCGGCUAGACUCAUCGAGCAAGGCGAUGUUGCUGCUAUCUCUCACUUCAUUGAUAAUGAGUUCCUCGCCAUUGCGGCUCGCGAAGGAGAGCACGUUUCUGCUCGCGUUGCGGCAUCCUAUGGUCUUCAGGCACCCUGCUCGCGAGAUUCCCCGCAACGAGCCAGGCCGACAAGUCAACAUGCUGCGUCGACUGCAACCUCUACUGGGUAUACCAGUCCCAAGCCCACGCCUCGCCUUCCAUUCCAGAGCAGUACUUCCCGCUCCCCUGGACUUCUAGGUCCGGCCCCACUUGGUCAUCCCUCGCAUCCUCAUCAUCCCAGCCACGCUUUGGUCUCGGGCCACUCUUCCUCCCUUCCUCCCUCCUCUUCCUGGCCUUCCAACAUGAGAAGCUCUCUCGAAAGAAGGCAGACGGUCAGCGGAAGUCCUGGUGACAAUGCAGGCACAGCAUGGGGUUCCUAUCAGCACAGCAGUCUAGUUGAUGGAUCGUCAUCCUCGAGGUCUAGCAGUGGACAUCUCGCAAGUGGGAAUUACGGACUAGACAGCGGCAGUUCUGACUCGUUGAACAAUCCCUUGCGGGCGGCCAUGGUGGGUAGCGCGUCUACCCGCCGCUCGAAAGCACGACGGAGGGUGACAAAGCGCGAAGGCGAAGUCCCAGCCUGCUUAGGAUGCGGCCGUCUGAGCACAGCAGAGUGGAGACGAGGCCCCACUGGCCCGAGGACGCUGUGCAAUGCCUGUGGACUGCUCUUUGCGAAGAUGAGCCGAGUCAGAAAGAAUGCAGACGGGCCAAGCGGAGGCCCAUCUGGCGCCUCCGGUGGUGACGGAUGGCCAUCACUGGACGAGCUGAGAGCAGCGGUAGGAAGUUCAAGCAAGGGCCCCUCAGGGCUGAGCCCAGCUUCAUUGGCUUCUUCCGCUGGCCCCAGCUCUGCCAUCCACCACUUCGUCGAGGGACACGACAGCCAUGGCUACUCUCAAUCACACUCCCACGCUCGCACCCACUCGCAUACACAGACAUCACAGUCUCAGCCUCCUUCGGACUGGCGGCAUAGCGCAUCAGGUUCAGGCUCGGCUUCUGGCGAUUCUGCAGGCUUCCAACAGCAUCACCAGCACCAUGCCAGCCGCUACGGCCCUGAUCCUCCCGCUUUUUCUUCUGGUCAAGAACAGCGACCCAUCUCCUCUGGGCGUUCCGCGUCCCCGAACAGUCCGUCACGAGCCCUGCCGAAGCAGCUUUCAGCACCACAACCCAUGGCAAACAGAGAAGACCAUCACGAUUAUCAAGCAAAGAGCUAUCCUAUACCACCCAGGGCGGAAAUCGAACGGCGCGGCGCAGAGAGUCAAGGCAAAACUUCUCCUCGAGAAAGACGCUGAGGGCAUCUUCGAGGAGGGGACCAGGUGGUAGUUUGUGUCUCUAUUACCGUCUUCAUCGGUCUUUCUUUGUCACUGUGGAAUUCACUUCGUCUUAAUCAUGUACUGUACGUAGCAGAAUGCGAACGCAACAUCAUCAUGUCACUCAAUACACGACGUU